UGUUCUUGUUUUCUCAUGUUCACCAGCCACGUUUUCAAAUUUGGAGCCCUCUGUUGGCUGUGUCACGUGCUUCCUCUCGGCGCUACCGGCCUUCCGUCCGUGUGUGGUUACCAUAGCAAUACACACCACAUUGUCGAUGAGCGUUCAGCCAAACGGGAGCAGAGUCACUCCACCACUGUGGACUACAGGGGCAAGGUUCCUGUGGAGCACCUGGACUACGAUUACAUUGAAAAAUGUAAAGAUGUGAGAUACCUCGAGAAGAUCCUGAGAACACUGAGGUCCGGCGAAGAGGGCAUUUAUCCUCACCUGAUCAAGUUCUGUGAGAGUCACCUGGAGAAACUGGACCCUAAGAGCCGAGCUCUUAGGAAGGAAAUGCCUGUAGCCACAGCAGCCAGCCUCUCUAAAGAUGAGUGGAGCCAAAUUGAGGAUGAAUUGAAAAGAUGGCAAGAAGAAACCAAAAAGACUGAAACAACCCUGAAACACCAGUCAGUAUUUGAUGAUCUAGUGAAAGAAAAUAUGCCACCUGUAAGAGGUUCCAGUUGCUUUGUUCCUCUGAGCCAGAAAACAGUUCCACAAGAAAGAAAGAAACCCUCUAAAUGCGCCCUACCACGUGAUUACCGAGAAUGGGACAAGUUCGAUGUGGAAAAAGAAUGUGAGAAAAUAGAGGAGGAUGUGGACAAAACUGAUCCACCUGCAAUUAUAAACUCAGGACAUCCUAAAAUCAAGACUCAAGUGGACACUUCAUUGCUGUCACAACAGGAGAAGCUCUUCCUGGCAAAUCGUGAAAAGGACAAAGGCAAUGAAGCUUUUAGAGCAAAGGAUUAUGAGGAGGCGGUCACAUACUAUUCCAGGAGCCUUUCCAUUAUAACAACUGUGGCUGCAUACAACAACAGAGCCCAGGCAGAGAUCAAGCUCGAGCACUGGCACAAUGCCCUGAAAGACUGCCUGAGUGUGCUCGAGCUAGAACCAGGCAAUCUGAAAGCCCUGCUUCGCCGUGCUGUUGUUUAUAAUCAUAUGGGCAACUUCCACAUGGCCACUGAAGACCUGAGGACGGUGCUCAGGGAAGAGCCACAGAACACCACUGCAACUCAACUUAUGUCUCAAAUGGAGAAGAAGAUGGAGGAAUGCCAACAAGAGAAGCAACGCAAGGGCAAAAAAAUCCUCAUCCAAGAGAUAGAAGAGGCGGAUAACCAGACUGACAGUGACAACAAAGCUCAUAAAACUGCUUGUCUGGUUCAACCUAGCCAGCCCGUGGGAGGGGAGGAGAGAUCAGCUACUCCUGUCGAAAGGGGAGACAUGGGAAACGCUCAUAAAAAGCCCCACGGCAGAGGGGACGGGGGUCCACACGCCGAGUCCAACAGCUCCCACCAUGAACACAGGAAGAACAGAGGCAGCUCAGACAAGUACAAAGUCCCGCAGGAAAAGAUAGCCAAUGGAUCAAGCAAGAGAGGCUCGACAGCUUCGGUUCAGGGUGAUCAAAGCGGCAGCGGUAAGGCAACUCCAGUUGGAGGAAAUGCUGGAGAAACUGUCAACCUUGAUGCCCCAUGUGGGGCCCUGCCCCCACCCCUGGCCCGGCUAAAGAACGAAGGAAACCUGCUGUUUAAAAAUGGACAGUUUGCCGAUGCACUGGAGAAAUACUCACAAGCCAUUCAGGGCUAUACAGAUUCAGGGAUUGAUAGUCCAGAAGAUCUCUGUAUUCUAUAUUCCAACAGAGCAGCUUGCUACCUGAAAGAUGGCAACAGUCAAGACUGCAUACAAGAUUGCACAAGAGCCCUGGAGCUGCAGCCAUUCUCCCUCAAGCCCCUCCUCCGCCGUGCCAUGGCUUAUGAGUCCCUGGAGCGUUACCGAAAGGCCUACGUGGAUUACAAAACUGUGCUGCAGAUAGACGUGAGCGUGCAGGCAGCUCACGACAGUGUCAACAGGAUCACCCGGCUGCUCAUCGAGCAAGACGGGCCAGAGUGGAGAGAGAAACUUCCCGAGAUCCCUCUGGUGCCUCUGUCGGCUCAGCAGCACCGCAGAGAGGAGCCACCCAGCGCUGAGGUCCUCCAAGCUCGAGCAGAGAAGGCUGCUAGGGAUGCAGAGAGGAAAGCCGAAGUCCGUUUUUCAGCUUUGAAACAAGAAGGGAACGAUUUUGUGAAGAAGAGCCAAUACCAGGAUGCUCUGGGAAAGUACACAGAAUGCCUUAAGCUAAAGCCAGAGGAAUGCACUAUCUACACCAACAGAGCUCUGUGCUACUUGAAGCUGGAGAGGUUCGCUGAGGCCAAGCAGGACUGUGAUGCAGCACUGAAACUGGAGCCAACCAAUAAGAAGGCCUUCUACAGACGAGCCAUGGCUAAUAAAGGUCUCAAGGACUACCUGGCUUGCAGCUCGGACCUGCAGGAAGUGCUGCAGCAAGAUCCCAACGUGCAGGAGGCUGAGAAGGAGCUGGAGGAGGUCACCAAGCUGCUCAGACAGAGUCUGGCCAGCACUUCACCAAACAAACCCAGGAAGACAGUCCCCAUCACAGAGGUUGAGGAUGACGAGAAUGUGACCGCUGUCCCUAACUCCAAAAACAGCUGCAAAGGAGAAGACAUCAGCAUCAACCUCCAGCCGGCCAGCGCCUAUGAAUUCGGCCAAUCCCUGAACGCGGCUCGUAGCUCUGGAAACACAGUGGCCUGCGCGGAACUACUGGCCUCCACGGCCCCAGAGAUGCUUCCCCAGUUCCUGAGCACCCAGCUUGAUGGACACACCAUCAGCUUCAUCAUGCAGGCCCUGCACUCACACCUACUGGAGAAAGACCCUUAUCUGGUCUACCAACACCUCAACCAUCUGCACACUGCUGACAGGUUCUCGGUUGUACUAAUGCUGCUGGAGAAGGAAGAGCGUCACCACAUGACUCAGCUGUUUGAGGAUCUCUCAGCCGUGCAGAGCACACAGUUCACUAAGAACGAUGUUCAGAACCUGGCCAACAAAUAUAUCUGACCCUCCCCUCUCUGCAUGAGCUGCUCCACCACUGCUCUUGGAUCUAUGCAAAACACUGCACAAGAACUGAGUACACAAAGGCAGGAAGCUGCAGAAUGAGCAAUACAAUGGAACCGAGCUGAUUCACUCUACUGGUCUGUAAUGUCUGUGACGAUAUAAAAAAAAAAAUCUAUUUUUCUCUCCAGAACAUUUUGCUAUGCAGUUUUACUUUUGUACACACCAUGCACCAUUUGCAUUGUACAACAGUGGGACUCAGUGGACCUUUCACCGUAGUGUAUUAAUAAACGAGGUCCAAUGUGCUGUUGUGUAACACAGCAGGCAGGUGUUUCCUCACUCCAGGCAGUAGCUUUUGCUUAGGACAGGCUUCAUCGAGCUGAUCUGCUCUUUGAGCCCAGUCGCUUUCUGAAAUCAUUUUAUAAAAGACCAGCUGUCACAUACCAAAAGCUAUUCAGUGCAUGUUAAAUAUAAACAAACAAAAAGCUAAUUUCCUUCCAAGUUUAAAAGUGCAUCUUUGCUGCAUCUUAAGUAACUAUUUUAAUAUGACCACAUGUAUGGUGUUAUCUUAAUGGGUGAAAGAGACCUGCAUGUCUCACUGCUGUUCAUGUGAGUGCAACAGAACUUACAAUGUUGUAAGAAAAAAAAUUUCUUGCUCUCCUUUAAGUCAUCUAUGCAAAUUUGUAGCUCUGUGUUCCUGUAUUGAUUCCAUUCAUAAAGGCGAGUCUCUGUCUUCACCAUGUGAAAUGACAUUGUGCCGUUGAGCCUGUUUACCUGCACCAUCAGCUUCACAGCAGAUACCAGCACACUGGAGAGAAGCAGCAUCUUUAUAAGAUGUGUGCCUUGGAUUUCAGUCUAGGGGUCGACUUAGUGUGGUGAGCAUAUCGGUACUCGUAAAGAAAAAGUCUAUUUAUAUCAUUCUGUAGCUUUAAUAAAUUUCUUUAAUGACUUGGAUUUAUCACACACAUAUAUUCACUUGGCUCCAAACUCAGAACUGUUUUAAAUGUGUAAUUUAUUUGCUAUUUAAAGUUUCUGUCCAUGUUAUAAGUAAUAAAUAUCAAUCUUUCUGUAUUGUGAA